AUGUCGAUGGCUACCUCGAACGAUAGCAACAACAGCAGAGGAACGGAGCUGCUGGGUGUCCUCAUCUCCAACAGCAGCACCUGCGACGUUAAUGACUACAACAACGAUGAUUUCUUUGAUUCCUGCACAAGCAUCCAUAGGGAAAUGGUGACAACGACACCUCCCGGUGGUUUUUCGGCCACACACGACGUCCAGCGAUGUAGCAAUGGCGAUUUUUCAAUGGCAGAAUUGGCAGGUGACAUGGUGGCGAUACAGCGGCGCUACCGGUGGCGAUCAAUCUUGACAGAGCAACUAGGGAAAGAGAAGGAGAAUAAGGGGACCUUCAUGUGGUCGCUUGAGGCCGCCGCUAAUCGGAACAAGGUGGAGUUUGGGUGA